AUGGAGGUCUCGGAACAGCAGCGCAUCAUGCGAAGCUCCAAGAUUAGCCGCCUUCCAGGUCCCAAAUCUUCCCAGGAAUCCGGAGGACUCGUCGAAAUGACCGAGUCGCAAAACAAUUCUCGAAUUCAAUAUACCGGCCCGACCUACGGGAAAUCGUCAAUCCAGGGCGUUAAGCGCGAGACGCCCCAGCCAGGUAAUGACGUACCGCCCUCACCAAAGAAAGCAUCCAACGGCAUGGCGAGAACAGUCACUAACCCUAUCAUUUCGUGA